AUGGCCGAGGUCGCCGAGGUGGCUGGCAGCGAAUGGCGCCGUGCGCUGCAUCUCUUCGAGCUCGGAGCGCCUGCCCAGCGCUCCACCGCCCUCUGCAACGCAGCCAUGCACCUGGUGAUGACUGCAUGUGGAACUGCGCAGCAGUGGCAGCGUGCUUUGGGCUUCCUGUGCAUGGUUGACAGCUUACGCUUGAGGAAGACUAUAGUCAGCUUCAACGCCGCCUUGCGGGCUUGUGGCAAAUGCGCCAAGUGGCAGCACGCGCUGCGCGUUUUCCGGUCCAUCGGCGACAGCCAGCUACAAGGUGACAGAGUGUCUUACCGCACGAUCAUCAGUGCUUGCUCGCAGGAGUGGAACCACGCGUUGUUUCUUCUACAGGAAGGCAGGGAGACAAUGCUUGCGACGGAUGCGGGCUCUUAUGGUGCAGUAAUGUUUGCCUGCCAAGCUGCAAGCUUCUGGAAGGAAGCGCUGAGCGUCUUCGAAUCCAUGGCAGAAGCGAGAGUCCAGGCAGACGCAAGAAGCUUCACGUCUGCGAUCGGCUCGUUGGUCGGAGUUGAGGAUUGGCAAGGUGCAGUGACGAGAUUCUCCGACAUGCUGAAGCAGAGCCUCGAGACUGACAGUAUUGUUCAGAAUGCCGGGCUUCGGGCCAAGGGUUGGUUGCUUUGGCAGACUGCCAUCCGACAGCUGGCCCUGCUGGAGCGAACAGCUGGCCUCCGAACCGAUGUGGUCUCUUACAACACCGUUCUGAGAGCUUGCGAAGGGCAGUGGCAAAUGUCUCUUGCGCUUGUAGCUCAGAUGAAGCACAAAGCAAUGAAGACGACCAUGUUUACGAUGGGCACGUUGCUUUCUGGCAAGAAUGAGCUGAGUGAAGCUUGGAGCAGGCCAUUGCACUUGUUAGCCGCUUGGCACCGGUGGUCAGCAGAGACAAGUGUGGUCUCUCAUACCAACCUGCUGGCCGGAAUGGCUAACAGUUGGCAUCUGGCUGUGGCGUACUUCAGCGCUUUGCAAGCGCUAGGGUUCGUGAAGGUGCUUCCCAUGGAAACGGCUGCUGCCCACGCUUUCGGAACCGGAGGGCGCUGGCAGCAAGUCGUGCGCGUUGCAGCGCAGGCCACUGGAAGGGAUCUCGUCAUGAAGCAUGUGGCGCUGGAAUCCCAAGUCUCAGCUCUGCAGUGGCAGAAGGGGGUCCAGGUUUAUGCGUCGCUGGCGGUACAGAACCUGGAGCCAAGCCUUCUCACAGCCAAUCUGGCUAUGUCUGCUUGUCAGUGGAGACUAGCUUCGAGACUGCUCCAGAACGUGGGCUUGUCCGCAUCACAAACGAGUGCGGUAUCUUGCAGCACAGCCAUUACUGCUUGCGGUGGAAGCAGCAGAUGGCAGCAUGUGUCGAUGUUGUUGGAACGGCUUGAAGAACAAGGAUUGGAAACCAGUACCGUUGCCUGUAACGCGGCCGUUUCUGCUUUGGGAAAAUCGAUGCGCUGGCAGUUAGCCUCCUGGGUGCUGUCAGAUGCUCGUGUCCUCGGAGAUGAGAUCAGCUACGACGCCCUUGUGCUUGCCUGCAGUCAGGCUGAAAACUCCUCGCGGUGCGGAAAAGGACGCGAGCUUCAAUAG